GCUUUUACCUAUCUUCGAUUAGGCUUUGAAGUGGCUAAACGGGAAGAUUUGGACUCGCUCAAAGCUACAUCUAAAAGACGACGGACUCAUCGACGCUCAAGUGUUUCCCUCACUUCCAUGCCACCUUGCGACCGCAGCAGGCCUCGUCCAGUCCGACAAUGUACCUCGCUCGUCGUCACAACGCCAACAUUCUGGCCUGGCGACCAGGCUCGGGCGACCUCAGAUUGCCCGACGCUGUACAGACCAAGGCUCAGCUAAGUGACUUCAUCGAUGCGUACUUCAAGUUGCGCUUGUCGGACUCCUACUACGUGCAGAUCUACAUCCACACCGCCGGGCUUGUUCUGAUCAUGAUCGUGGGCUUCCUCACCAUGUUCAAGCGCGUUCGAGAAGGACGCUUCACCCUCUUUCGUCUGCAAGCCUCGACAGGUGGGGCAAUGGUCAUCGUCCCCCACAGCACCAACUGCCUGCUGUUCUUCAACUUCUUCUUCGGCGCUCUUUGGAUCGCCUUCGAGUGGAUUGUCGUCUCCAUCUUCCAUGGCCAUGCCAGCGCCUUCAUGCUUGGCUACUGGCUCCUAUACCCUUGGCUCCUCGUAUGGUUUGCCGCUUGGCUGUCCGUCUGGGGCAUGUUCCAUUCGAUUCCCAGCCUGCCCUGGCGACAACAGCAGCCAAACGUAAGCGGAUCUUCACUCUAUUGGCGAUGUUUGGCUGCAAGGGCGAGCAAUGCCUUCUUGGUACUGGUGCCCGUAGCGGUCUUGGGUUGUACGAUUGCCUCUUCGAUUCAGUUUGGCCGUCAUUACAGGACAAGCGACGAGCUUCGACAAGCUUUGCAAUUUGCCUUGGCCACUUCGAACGGUACGGAUCUGGCUGGACCGGAGGAGAAGGCCGCCGCCAUCGAGGUCUGGGAAAACUUCAAGCUGGCUUGGUGGUGGGGGACUGUCGGCUUCUGCGAGUGGACCGCGUUCGCCUGGCUCACCACUUUGUUUCAAUUCAUUGUGGGACUCGUGUUGACCUAUGAGCUCAUCGUCCGCAUGCGCCGGCUCGACAAUCAGGAGAACGACGACGACUUGAUCUUCUCUGUACCUCUCACGGAGCCUUUCCCGGUCGAGGUGGACGACGAAGAGGACAAUCUGGACUUCGCUGCGCGUCUCAGCGUACCUCCGCCAGCGGAGCUCGGCGACAAACAGCGCCAAUUUUCUUCGACAGAUGUCUCUGCACCUAAAGAUGGCGAGGGCCAAACUCCUGACCCAAAUCUUUGCUCGACGACCACGUCGCCCAGCCUGAGAAUGCCCGUUGAUAGACUCGGGCGUCACCGGCGUGUUCAGUCCUCGGUCGUCAAACGGGUGCGCAAUCGCGAGCUGCAGCGCGGGCUGAUCAACCUGCUCUUUCUUCUCGGUUGCCUCAUCUCGGCGCUCACUGCGUACUCGAUCAUCGUCACCGGCAUCACUGCAGUGGCCCUCGACGUGAUCAGCAAAAGUCCUGAAGCCCUUGCCUCGGCUUUCUAUCACUACAAUCUUGCCACCGGCUGGCUUAACAUCCUGUGUGGCGGGGGCAUCUUCCUCGUCUGCUUCCUUCAGUCAUACGAGAACUUCCUGUCCACAUUCCAUUCCUCGAUCAGCCUCGCGGCAACCAGUAGUGGUGGAGGGCAGAACGCGGCCGUGGCCGGUCAGUACGACAACCAACUCCAGGACGGGCGGUCCAGCAAUCCACUGGCCGUGCCGCGGACACGUCAGGGCUACGUGCGCAGAGCAAGCGACGGCGCGGCCGAUGAGCAAGAGGAGACUCUGCGACCCGAGGACGAUGGCUUUGCGAGCCGCCACUUCUUCAGCCCCAUUCGGCUCGUGCCUCGAUCACAAGGCCGACGAGGACCCGCCAACAUGACUCAGACCCAGAUGUCGUCCUUUUUUGAAUCCGAGCCCGUCCUCGAGUCCCAGUACAGAGUCGCAGUGCGUCCGAAAAAGAACCAUGGACCACCUAGCUAGUAUCAUGGACCACUUUACUAGUAUCUUCAUCGGAUCGGACGAUAUACCUGCCUCGGACAAGAUGCCACAUACACUCAUAACGGCAACUCUCAACUUCUUCAGCAAUUCUCCACUUCUCCUCCAAUAGCAACGAAGAAUAGCACAGAUGAUCAAAGCAAGCAAGCAUUGCCAU